CUGCUCUGGAGGUGGGCCAAGCAAUCUUGUUUUCACCAGCCCUCCAGGUGAUUCUCAUACCUGAUGAUUGAGAACCAUUGCUCUAAUGGUUUUCCAGCUUUUUUUUUUUUUUUACUGUAAUUCACCGUGAUGUUUUACAUCACAAUGGGUACACAAACAUGCACAUACGCACACAUAAUAAAACAAAAGAUUUAAAGGAUCUUAUAUUUUAUAUUCUCUUGUAUUUAUUUUUUUUAAAUGCUGGGGGCAAACCUAAAGGACUUGAUGGGGCAAUUGAUGAAACUUGGAUGUGGACUGCAGAUUAGACGAUGAUGUCAGUGUUAAAUUUCUUGAAUUGGAAAUUGUACUGUGACUGUGCAAGGUAGUGCCCUCUUAGGAAAGACACGCUGCAGCGUCCCCAGUUUACCAUACACAGGCACACAGGAAGCAGGAGAGACAAAAUGUAAACCAUUGGCGAAGAGAGUAAAGGGUAUACAGAAGGUUCUUAGACUAUUCUCACAACUUUUCUCUAAGUUUGAAAUUAUAUCAAAUAAAGAAAUACUCGUUACACAAAGAAAUACUUGUUUGGACACUAAGUGGACUUUGCUGUCUGCUAAUAGGUCUGCAGGACGCGUUUGAAAGUCAGGGCCUGUGCCUGGUGGUGUAGCGCAUCCAGCUGCCCGGGCAUCAUGCCUGGACCACAGGGAAUGCUCAACACACGGUCACUGACGGGAGUCUUUCCUGCCUCUCUUAUCUUCACUGUUGUUACAUCUUGUUCACUUUAAGCUCCGUUGAAGAUACAGCAACUUCAUACUUUUAUCCUAAUGCCUAUUGGAGGGAGCCUGAAGGGUGGGAAGAGGGCAGCUCUGGGUUUGAACUGAUGCAGAUUUUAAUGCAGGUUCCUUUCCGGCUGCGUGUUGCUUUGGGCAAGUAUACAUCUGGAACAUGGGAUUCACUUCUACCUUGAGGACUGUUUAGGAGCUGAAUGAGAAAAUGUGUGUAAGAGAGCCAGGCACGGGAUGGAACGGGAGUCCAGUGCUUGAUGAAGAGAGUACGAGAUAUUCAAAGAACACUGUAGGAAGAACACAUUCCACGAAAGAUAAAGCUGGCCAGAAGCACAGGCUGACUGAUGUAUUUGAUUUUCCUGAUAAUUCUGAGAUCUCAAGCAUCUGCAGGCUGGGUGAAGAUGAAGAACCCUAUGAAACCUUUGACCCUCCUUUACACAGCACUGCUAUAUAUGCUGAUGAGGAAGAAUUCUCCAAACACUGCGGGUCAUCUCUCCCCUCAACUCCUCAAGGAAAAGAAGUGAAAAGAAGUUCGGACACUUCUGAAAUUGAAACAAGUGAAAACCAGCCUGUAAAAGUUAAGGCAAAAAAGCCAAGAAGAAAACUCAAGCCCAUUAGUGAUGAAUCUGAAAGCACUGAAGAAAGUGAUGUAAGGAGAAAAGUUAAACCAGCAGAGGACAUAAGUACACGACAACAUGAAGCUGUUUCAGCUACUGCAUCUUCAGGACUUUCAGAGAAAGCAGCUGAAUCGAUCACGCCUAAAAAGAUAGGACCGCUUAGUGCAGAGCCCUCCAUUGAAAAAGAGACCCCAGCAACAGAGAGUCAACUGAAAACUCAGAAAAAGAAGAUGUUUCAAGGCAAAAGGAAGAAACCAAGAAGUGAAGCCACAGACUUGGAUACUUCUGACUGUGUACCUAUUUGGUGUUUAAAAGAAAAGAAAACCAGUGACAUCAUGGAGUUAGAUGUUGUUUUGUCUGCAUUUGAGAACAUCCUCCUAGAGUAUAAACAAAAAAUAGACUCUAGAAUUUGUAAGGAAGCCAUCAACAGAUUUCAUUCUAAUCUGAAAGAAGAACUCAUCAAAAUGCUUAAAGAAGUCCAGAUGUUGAAAACUCUGAAAAGGAAGAAUGCUAAGAUGAUCUCAGAUAUCGAAAAGAAAAGGUGUCGUUUGAUUGAAGUCCAGGAUGAACUGCUUCGGUUAGAACCAGAGCUGAAACAACUACAAAUAAAGUAUGAUGAACUCAAGGAGCGAAAAGCUUCCCUUAGGAAUGCAGCAUAUUUCUUGUCUAAUUUAAAACAGCUCCAUCAAGAUUAUUCAGAUACUCAAGAGAAAGAACCAAAUGUAAAGGAAACGUAUGAUUCAUCCAGUCUUCCAGCUCUGCUAUUCAAAGCAAGACCCCUUUUGGGAGCUGAAAACCAUCUACAAAAUAUCAACUACCAAUUAGAGAAGCUCCUUGACCAGAAAUGAGACCAGUCUACUAAAGUGUACACAUAUAAAGAUUAGUAUGCUACUGCUUGUUACCUUCUGAAACUGUAUGUAUUUUUCCACAAAGGAGAUGCGAGGAAAAACCCUAAAACUUUAUUAAUUUGAAUUAUUUCUUUUUAU